AAUUUACUUCGCGGUUGGUUUGUUUUGACAACAUGCUUCACGUUUUUUUUUCUUUUUUCUCCAUUGAUAUUAAAAUUUAAAAAGCACAAAAGAGCUCCCAAGAAGUUUUCUCAAUGCAAGCCUAUAGCCUACAACUUGUAAUGUAACAGGAUUCUAAAGAGUGUUUUAUGCCAUUCUGAUCUUAUCUACUACAGGCUAGAGAUUCUGUUGUCAGCAUUGUCAAGGAGAAAUGAAGUGCUUUCAAUUACUCACUUUGGCAAGUUUCUUCAUUUUAGGAAGUUCUCAAAUAUGUCCCCCAAUGGAGUUAUCGUUCCUUAUUGAUCUCUCAGAAAAUGGUCGCCGUGGAGCCACUCAGAGUUUUAACCUCGACCUAAUAGAAAGUCAGUUUCGCUUUAUCUUCAACAGUUUCAUUAAUUAUGACAACAGCAAUGUCAGCAUUGGAGCCUACAGUUAUAGCAACACGUCAUCACUAUUUAUCCCUUACUGGACCAGUGCAGACGGUGCUAACAGUUAUUAUAACAAUGUGUAUGGGUUGAAAUACCUUGAGUCCUUGACUUACGUUGGACUGCAAGCAAUGAACAUGACAGCAAGGUCAAACAACAGCUAUGUGCUGCUUAUAAUAUCACAAGGUUCUAAUUCUGAGUCUGGAAGAGCUCAAACCUUAGCAGAAGCUGCAAGAGUUCGAGGCCUGGGCUGGAAAAUUAAAGUGUUCGCUGUGCAGAGCAUUUUUCAACUGGACACAGAUGAACUUUCUGCAAUUGACCCCAAUUACGUCAAUAUAACUGGACAGCCUAAAAACUUCAACGGUCUUUCAGCGGUGUUGAUAAAGUUUAUCCAAGAACUAUGCACCCAACCUAAGCCAUCGACAACACUACCACCGACUACUACUACUCCAACCACACUACCACCGACUACUACACCUCCAACGACACUGCCACCGACUACUACACCUCCAACUACACUGCCACCGACUACUACACCUCCAACGACACUACCACCGACUACUACACCUCCAACUACACUGCCACCGACUACUACACCUCCAACCCCACCGCCGCAGACUAAUGCAUCCUCAGCACCUUCAGUUGGAAAUGAAUCCACAUUGGUUUGGAGCAAUAACACAACGGGCACUUCAAAAGUUCCAACAACUAUUCCACCAACCACUACUGUUAAACAAACAACAUCUAGAUGUCAUGCACAGUUGUUGUUCCUGUUAGACCUGUCCAAGACCGCCCAGGAUGCAGCCUCGAGCGGUUUCAGGGGAGCUAAGUUCGACAUUCUAGAGAAUCAACUGAAAUUAUUCUUCAACUAUUUGACUUUUUACUAUAGAGUACAAGUCAGAAUCGGAGCCUUUGGUUACAGCGGCUCUCAAUCCGUGCAAAUACUGCCUUACUGGACUUCUCCGGACAAAGCAGGAAGCAAAUUGUGGAAACUGAGGACAUUAUCUAGCGCUGAAUCCCGUACGUACAGUGGAUUGAGAAGCGUUGUGACUGAAGCCAAAUACAAGGAGAACUUACUGAUUGUAGUAACAGCGCAAGGUUCUAACAAUGACUUACUGAGAAACAAGUCCUUGGCAGAAGUGGAUAGAGUGAAAUCCCUUGGGUGGAACUUGAAAGUGAUUUCUGUGAAGGGCUCAAGUCCUUUCGACGUGGCUGAAUUAUCCAGACUUGAUUCAAACUACAUCACGCUGUCUGACAGGCCCAAAAGUUAUACUGGACUCUCAAGGGAGUUAAUUAGAGUUAUAGAUACCAUGUGCAGUGGAAGCGUCAAUCCAAGGGCUACAACCACGUGCAAACCUAAAACAGGCGGCGGGAGACAUAAGCACGACUCGAGCAGCGAGGAAGAAUACUAACAAUGUCCUGAUAUGUACAAAAUAGAGGGAAUAUGCAAAAUAAAUAUUUAUAGGCCUUUUUUUUUAAUUUACAAAAGAAAAGAAAUGUCUUCAACAAUACGCUGCUUUAUAUUAGUAUGUGUCUUAACAACAUUAGUUGCAUGGAUUGGAGCUGAUAGUGUGUGCCGUC